CUCAAGGAGCACAACAUAUCUGCUCAGACUAUUCGGCUCUUGGGAACAGCUGAAAUGUGGAUUCUGCUCAGUGUCUUCCUCAUCGGGUGGGGAUCCUGUGCUCAAGGGCAAGAAAAUGAAUGCACUUUCCCGAAUUUAGACGAAAACAUAUUGGCUACACCCUCAAAAGAAAAAUAUAGAAUUGGAGAUGUGUUGAAAUUCUCUUGUAGAAAUAAAUUUGAGAGAGUUGGACCAGAUUCAAUUCAGUGCUAUCACUUUGGAUGGUCUCCUAAUCCUCCAACGUGUAGAGAUCAUGUUAAACGUUGUGGUUCCCCGCCUUCACUUUUGAAUGGAAGAUUCACAGAAGGGAAGAGAAAAGCCUAUGAACACAGUACCGUGGUGGAAUAUGUUUGUGAUUCUCGGUUUCUGAUGAAAGGUUCUAGGAAGAUUCAGUGUGUUGAUGGAAAUUGGACACCUCUGCCUAUAUGCAUUGCGGAGCAGAGUACAUGCAGAGAUAAGCCUGAACUUGAGAAUGGCUUUGCUGAUUCCUCUGCUCCUCUAUAUUAUCAUGGAGAGUCAAUCGAGUUCAAAUGCACAGAUGGAUUCACAAUGAUUGGAGAGAAAUCAGUUACAUGUUUCCGUGGAAGAUGGACCCAACUUCCUAAGUGCAUCGGUAAAACAAUACAGGUCUGCCCACCUCCACCUCAGAUUCCCAAUAGUCAAAUUAUGACGACCACAGUCAAUUACCGGGAUGGAGAAAGAAUAUCAAUUCUCUGCCAAGAAAAUUAUGUAAUGCAGGAAUCAGAAGAAAUGGAGUGCAAAAAUGGAACCUGGCAGUCAAUACCACGCUGUGUAGGCCACACCUUGCGGAUUGGGGCUACCAUAUAUCAUGCUGGGGAUUGA